AUGGACUACUCUGCCAUCUCCAACGACCCCGACCACCCUGCGGGCGCUUCGCCUUGGGGUUCUCCGCGCGCCGACCGAACCACGUUCCCCACCUCCGGCACGAACGACAUCCCGUCAUCCCCGUUACCAGGACAGGCACAAUCUGCGGAGGGCUCGGAGGGAGGCCACGAGGCUGAACCUCAAUCCCCGGACCUCUCUACGCAGUUGCAGAGUGCUCAAUUAGGUGACCCGGACUACCCCGAGGAGCAGCCUCCGUUCGCGACCCAGCAAUCCCCAAAUGCAGGCCAGCAGUCACAAUCUCCCGCGCGCUAUCAAACCGGACUACGCCAGCCGAACUCUCGACCUUCCGCGCCCAUCUACAAGAUCCAAGGCAAAAUAACUGGCUUGGAGAGGACGGGCAAGAAGGACCCUAUCCUCCGCUUUGAUGUCCACACCAACAUCCCCAAGUUCCGCACAACUCAGUAUCGCGAUGUUCGCCGCACCCAUUCCGAGUUCACCAAACUUGCCGACCACCUGAUCUCCGCCAACCCGGAAGCAUUAGUCCCAGCCGUACCACCGCCGGUGACUCCAGCUGGCGCAGGUACUGAUGAAGAUGAAGUUAGAGUUAAGGCAGCAAUGCAGCGGUGGCUCAAUUGUGUGCUCAGCAAUGAGGUCCUUAUCCAGGAUGAUGAGGUGGUGCUGUUUGUGGAGAGUGACUUUGGUUACAGCCCGGUGCUGCGAAUGAAGCAACCUGCUACUGGUGUGCGACGCAAAAUGUUGAAGCAAUUUGCGCCGCCUCCAGAUGAUACUCCUGAGCUCCAAGCUGCUCGUCCAGUUGUCAAAUUGUUCUACUUAGGAUCAAUGGACUCGAGCCACAAAGUCGACCGGAUCGUCAAAGCUCGCCGAGGACUAGGAUUGGCCGAGUCUGAUUUUGGUGUUAAGCUGGGGCAAAUGCACGUACAGGAGACCCAUCCUGGCCUGAGCCUGGCCUACCGUAAACUCGGCAAGGUCAUUCAGUCCGUGGGUGAUUUCCACGCCGUCCAAGCAACUGCCGAGGCCACUACCCUUGGCGAGCCAUUGGGCUACCACUCGUCAGAUGCUUUGAUCGUCAAGGAGACUUUGACCAACCGGCACAUUUUGUUGCGCGAACUUCUUCAAGCCCGGCAAAGCGCGCAGAGUAAACGCGCUGCAGCAGACCGCUUGAAGGUCAGCUCGUCUGUCCGCUCUGACAAAGUCGACGAUGCAAUCCGUGCCCUGGAAGAGGCACAGAGCCACGAGGAAUAUCUAACCAAGCGCACCCACCGCGUGACCACAAAUCUGCUUCAGGAGAAGCGCCGCUGGUUCGAUCGCACUACUGGCGAUCUUUUGUUCAGCCUGCGCGAGUAUACUCUGCGCCAGAUUGAAGCUGAGCGGCGCACCCUGGCUACUUUGGAAAGCGUUCGACCUGACAUCCGCGCCAUUGAUGCCUCUGGUGGCUUGAGCCGGCUGGGCCGCGAAGCACACCCUACCGCCCGCCGAGUUAAUAUGGCAUCAAGCCAGGGUCCCAAGGGCGACGCUUGGAGCGGUGUUCCCCGCCGUGCCGACAGCAUGGGCCGUAGCAUGAGCGGCAGUUUCACAGCACCGAAUCUCAACGAGGAAGAGGAAGAGGAGACUCAUCCCGAGUCUGGCCAGGGCCGUGUGCGAUCUACGAGCCAGGUUGAGUCGAUUGCGGAAGAUGACGAUGACCGACUUGAUGCACGUAACGCUGCCAGCCGGCUGGCCACCAGCACCUUCUGA